ACCCCAACGGCUGCUGCCCACGCAGAGUGGCACUGCCAUGGGGCUCAGCGGUGAGGCAGGCUUGGUGGGGGGGUGUUGGAAAUGGGAGUCUUGGCACAGAGUGGGGGGCUUAUUCUCUGGGCGGGAGGAGCAAAGGAAACUGACGGACAUAGUGAGCCCCCUCCAAGAAGUGUGUGUUUCUCAAGUGCUCGCCCCCCCAGCGUAGGAGCCAACGCCUAUUGGCUGAGGUCCCUUUGGCCUCCCCAAUAAAAUAUUUGAGGGGGCCAGACCCCUCCCCAAAGUUGAUUGCCAUUCAAACAGUGCACAUGCACUGCUUCUUGUGAUUGAUUAUAUGGGAUGGGGCUUAUUCCCCCCCCCCAAAUUUUAUUCAACCUUGCAUCAAGCUAACUGCAUGUUGUAUUAACCUUUUCCCCACAGAGAGUAGAGGUUUGGGGCCUGGUGAAGCCCCCUCUGAAAGACAGGUAAGGAAUGCUUCUGGGCAGAGACCCCCUUGGGGUCCCUGAUGGGGGGACAGGCUUCUUCCCUCCCUCCCUCCCUCCCUCCCCACAUUGCUGGGCAAGAGGGGAGCCUCCAUCUCCCUGACCCUUGGCCGUCUGCUCCAUUGCCCAGCAAAGCAGAUUCUCCAGGUCUCUGGCCUUGACCCUCUGUGAGGAGGAGAAGGGGGUCCCACAGACUCCCUUGGGCUGGGCCACUCUCAGCCAGGACGACCCGUUUGUGGGGAGGGCCAGGGCAGGGGGCAGAGGCUGCUUGGAGGCCAAUUGCUUCCUGCUUGUAGGCGGAUGAGGAGGAUGAGGCGGUGGCCGCAGACCCCCUUUUGCACAUGGAGGCCAGGAAGGGCCACUGCGACACAGCCCGCCAGCUCCUUGCCCAGGACCCAGAGGCCCUCAACAGCCAGGUAGGUCAGCCAGCGGCUGCAGAGGAUGGGUUGGAGGGCCCCCCUGCCCCCCAGGCUGUGGUGGACCCCCUUCCCUUGGUGGGAGGGCUGGGAUGUGCCUGCGAUGGGGGGGAAAUGACUCCUUGCCCCUCUCCAAGGCCCCUUGCCUGCACAAGGCCCACCCCACGGCUGCUCUCUUGGCUUCCCCCUCGCUCUCCAGGACGCCAGUGGCCGGACGCCCCUUUUCUGGGCCACGGAGUACAGACACGAGAGCCUGGUGGAGCUCCUGCUGGCCCACGGAGCAGACCCAGCCGUGCGGGAUCACGUGAGGAAUUAGCCCUCCGAUUGCACUACGAGGCUGGAUCCCUGGGGGGGGGGAGGAAUGAAUUGGGGUGGGGGUAUUCACUCCCUAUUGCCCACCCAGACAGAAGACCAGUUGGGAGCAGGGAUGGACCUACAAUUUGGGGGCCCUGAAGCUUAAACUGUUAUGGAGGCCCCUUCGCAACCAGAAGGAGGUCUGUUAGAAAGGGGGGGGGGCGACAGCAAAGCAGCCAACUUUCCCCUUCCUUCCUUACAACAUCUGUGCUACUUACUCUCUUUUUUAUAUAUAUAAAUUUUAAUUAAUUUUCAACAAUAAUUAAACAUAUUUUUGAACAUCUUAUACAUUAUUAUUAUUUUGGACUUCCAUCAAUCUCAUCUGAAAAUUUUCCAAUCUAAUCACUAAAUAUACAUUUCUCACUUCCACAAUUACUUUUAACUCAUAACUGACAUCACUGUUCUUUCUCUAAUUUGCAAUGCUUCAUACAUUUCUCCUUACAAAACUUCUUGUGGUCCUACUAGCGUAAUUUGUUGAUUAUAGUUGCUCUUCAAAUAGUUCGUAUAUUUCUUCCAAUCUGCUGUAAAUCUCUGGUCCGCAGGUUUCGAAUCCUUCCUGUCAUUUUAUCUAAUUCUGCAUAAUCCAUUAAUUUUGUCUGCCAUUCUUCUUUCGUCGGAACUGUGCCCCUUACUCUCAAACUUUGUGUUGGUUGAUAUAUACACAACAAAAAAUUAAUCAAUUUGAGUCAAAGCAAUUGGCCUCCAUCAUGUGGCUCAAAUGGGGUCCCCCAAAUUAAGUCAUGUGGACUAAAGUGGCUUCUGGGGCCCAGAAGCUGAAGCUUUGUUCCUUUCUUAGUAAAUCUGCCCUGGUUGGUAGGAAAAGGCCAGAGCUGAGCGGGGAAUCUCCAAAGUGGGCUGGGCUGCCAGUGUGGACAAGCAGCUCUCACAGGCACACGUUCCCUGCUGGCAUACUGCCACGCGAUGCCACAGCGCUGGCAGGGGUGGAGGAAGGGGUGGGGGUGGUCUGCCCCGGGUGUCACCACUGAGGGGGGUGACAAAAGGCCGGGCGGCACUCACCCAAAUGGUCCGCCUGCUGCCUCUCCCUCAGCUGUAGGGCGCCUAAGAGGAGGCAGGCAGACUCCUUGGAGGCCCCGCGGAGUGUACUGCCCCAGCUGGCCCCGCUCCUGGGCACAUGGCAGGCACACCGCCCCAGUCGCCUGAUCGGCUUGCUCUGCCCCUGGGCACUGGAGGGGGUGGGCUCUGCCAGCCAGCGAGGAAGCUGGAGGCACCUUGUGGGGCUGACCAAGGAGAGGCUGUGUGUGACUGUGUGUUGCAACCAGAGGCAGGCAGGGAGGCUGCAAGGGAAGGCUGCUGCUCACUUGUGCCAGGCACAGCUCCUCCUGCCUAGGUCCCAAGGAUCCUGGGGGCAGCAGGCCGUGGGGGCCCUGGGGUCCACAGACUGCUCCCCUGUGGAGAAAGGCAGCAAACCUUGCAGAGUCACACAACCCCUCGAGGGUGGCCUGGGAGGUGCUUGGCUGAGGGCCCCCCCAGCUCAGCUCACCCCAUUCUCUCUGCUGCCCACCCCCCUUCCCUCCUUAGGAAGGGAACCUCUGUCUGCACUGGGCGGUCUAUGUCGGCAGCCCUUCCAUCGCCAGAAUGCUGCUGGACGCUGGCUCCGAUGUGGAUGCGCUGAAUGGCCAAGGGGACUCUCCCCUGCACCUGGCAGCCCAGGAGAGGCGCUACGAGUGUCUCGUGUGAGUGAGGGUCUCCCCUGCCCAUGUGGGAAUGAUGUGGACAGUAGGAGAGGAUAUAGAGAUUAAAUAGUAUCCUUCCUCACUCAUGCUAGUACAUUCCCCUGAAUAUUGCAGGAAGUUUGUAGAUUCAUUGGAAUCUCUUGAGUUAAGCAAUCCAGUCUGGCUUGUCCAGAUUGGGUUUGUUCCUGCUAAAUUCCCCUUUAAUUCCCUCUUAAAAAGAAUAAAGACACAACAGUCUUCUCUUAAAAGUAAGAAGAAGUUUACUUACAUUCAGUUCACGGUAUGAUCCUGAAGGCAGUCUUUAGCUUGUAGUUACAGAAGAGAGUGUGAGUUUAUCCUAUAUGGGGAUUGAGCCCAUGCGCUGCUGGCUGAGAGCCAGCAGACAGCAAAAGAUAUCAAGAGAGCAGCAUCAAGAGAAAGACGGCUGCAUGACCAGCUCUUUUAUGGGGUCUCCCGGGGUCACACUCACCUACCUGGUCACACGCAGGGGGAGGAUGCUCCAGACAGGUCAAGGGAGAGGUGGGUGCUGACCUCUCAUCUCCUUGCCAAGGGCACAAGGGAGCUUCUGGGCGAUGGCUGCAUCUUCUCCGCAGCCAAGCUCUGGGCCUGGCUAGGACCACUGGGCUGUGGGAUGUAGCAGUCAAAUACAACAUUUCCUGUUUGCCCAGAGUGGACACACAAGGGGGUGUUACUCGAGUGCCAGGAGGACUUCCUGUCACACCUGUCUGGAGCAUCCUCCCCCGGCGUGUGACCAGAGCUGUGCAGACCAGACGCUCACUCUCUGCUGGCUGGCACAUGAGAGGCGCUGAAGCUCUAGUCUGCUAGAGAGGACUCUGCAGUGAGAGAUGCUCCCGCUGUGUCCCGAGAGCAAGGGGGCCCAGCUCUGUAUCUCCUCCAACCUGCCUGGGCUCUUCCUCUCUUUUUCGUCACUUUCCACCCAGCCAGAACUGUGAGAGCAUCUGCUGAGUCUGACGCUCCGCCUUAAAGCAUCCUGGAUUCCUCCAUCAAAAAGGCUCAAACCAGCCUAGCUAAGCUUCCCUUUUAAGCCGCAAAGGAAUGACACCCUGCUGAACUCACAAACCUGAGGAAGGAAGGAUAAUAUCUAGCAAAUACCAUAAUGGUCCGAAUAUAAGCCGCACAUCUAAAAUUCAAGGGGGGGGGGGGGAGAAAAAACGACAAUACCCGAAUAUAAGCCGCUCCCUUAAAAUUCUGCAGGCACUCACACCCGUAAAUGGCAAACGUAGAAGAAAAUCCUGUGGCUACUAGAGUGGACCCGCAAGUGGGUUAAAAACCUGUUCAUAGCACCGUAAAUGUAAAUAAAAAACCAAUACUGCACUGUAAAAUUCGGGGGAAGCUAUGAAUGAUAUUAGAAUUGAUUGCACAACAGUCUCAAGCUUGCAAAUGGGCAAGAAAACAUUUUGACCGCAUGUCUGUUUCAGCAGCGAUAUCGUAAAAGUCGAUCUUUGUACGGUCGCAAAUUUAAGCCGCACUUUUAACUUUUCACGGUCGGAAUUUGGCAAAAAGAAAGUGCAGCUUAUAUUCAGGCCAAUACCGUAUAUCCUCUCCCAGCAUCUAUUCUCACCCCAACAGAGAGCAGCGGAGGAGCACAGAGGCAGGCAGGAGGGCUCCUAGCCACUCUGAGCCAGAUCGGAAUAAUAAUAAUAAUAAUAAUAAUAAUAAUAAUAAUAAUAAUAAUUUAUUAUUUAUACCCUGCCCAUCUGGCUGAGUUUCCCCAGCCACUCUGGGCGGCUUCCAAUCAAGUGUUAAGAACAAUACAGCAUUAAAUAUUAAAAACUUCCCCAAACAGGGCUGCCUUCAGAUGUCUUUUAAAAAGAAGAUAGCUGCUUAUUUCCUUCACAUCUGAAGGGAGGGUGUUCCACAGGGCGGGCGCCACUACCGAGAAGGCCUUCUGUCUGGUUCCCUGUAACCUCGCUUCUCGCAAUGAGGGAACCGCCAGAAGGCCCUCGGCGCUGGAUCUUGGUGAAGGAUGUGGGGGUCAACCUAGCAGACCCCCAGGGAGUCAGGAGUUGCAGUGGGAGAGAAGGGAGGUCUGGGGGGAAGCCUGGCUAGAGGAGAAGGCAGCAGGAGGCUUCCACUGGGGGGGGGGGGCGUUGUGUGGAUGGAGAGCAAAGAAGCACAACCCCCAGAGGUUCUCCCCGGGGCUCCUGUCCGGGGAGGUGGGGCUCCCACAGCCCUUCUUAGUCCUUCCUUGGUGCUCCAGCUUCUGACUGAAGGACUUGGGGGCUCCCCCCCCCAAGGAUGCUCAGCUGCCCCUCUUUGCGUCCCGCAGCUUGCUUCUUGCCCACGGCGCCAAAGUCUCCCUGAAGAACAGAGCCGGCCGAAUGGCUCUGCACUGCUGCAAGCCCAGCUCCCCUUCCUGGCGGGCCCUGGAGGCGGCCUCUGCGCGGCCCCCCCACCCGGCGGAGAGGCUCCUCUGCAGGUGAGCGGCACCCCGGGGCGGCUGGGCUCAGGCGGGACCCCCUCCCUCCGACCGGGCUGCAGCUGUGGCUCAACGGGCGCUCCUGUCGCCCCCAGAGACAUCUCCCGGGGCUUUGAGCAAGUCCCCAUCCCUUGCGUCAACGGGGUGGACCAGGAGCCGGCCCCCGGAGCCUUCCUCUACGUCACGCAGAACUUGGUGUCGGACUCGGCGGUGCUCCCAGCCACGGGCUGGGGCAGAAGUCAGGUGAGGGGCAUUGUCCACGUGCCCCAGGGUGAGUCGGAGGGGCUGAAGUUGCUGGGUGGGCAGGGAAGCCCCACCAUCCAUCCAGACGCCCCACAAGUCGGGGGCGUCUUCUGAGCAGCCCUCCAAACCAGAGACGUUUGGCAGGGCUGCGUUUUGACCCUUCAGGCCUCCUUGUGCUGUUUGAAGGCAUCCUCUGCCAACCCGGCGCCCUCCCAAACCCAACAAAUAUCAUGUUUUGGAAGACCCGGGGCUGACAGGGUCUGUCCUCAGAACCCCCUGGAGGGCGCCAGGUUGGCGAAUGCUGCAGAGAAGUGAUGCUGCUCCUGCUGACGUUGUUUCCGGCACCGGGAGCCUUGAGGAUACCCAACCCAGGUGGCUUGAGUGGGAGGAUUCGGCGGGUCUCUGCCAGGGCUGGCUCCCUGCAGAGGACCGCCAAAGCAAAAGUAAUAAAAAUAAAAAAUAAUGAUGAAUUAGGCGUCUGCCAAGCUGUGGCUGCGGAGUGCCCUCUGGGGGCCUUGUAGGGGGCUGAGCGUGACCCCCGAAUCGCCUGGCCGCCUUGCCUUCUUUCAGCACUGCGAGUGCGCCAGUUCCUGCUCUGCGCCCACCUGCCCGUGCGUCGAGCGCGGCCUGCGCUCCUGGUACACUCCGGUGAGAGCCGCUCCUGCCCUUCCUGGGGUCAGGCGGGGGGGUCAGCCGGAGCCACUGAGGGCCAGCCGGCCGUUUCUCUCCUCUUGUGGUCCAGGAUGGCCGGCUGGCACCAGACGCGGCCGGCGGCACAGCCGAGGCGGGCCCCAUCUACGAGUGCCACAUGCUUUGCUCCUGCGCCAGCUCCUGCCCCAACCGGGUGGCGCAGAGGGGCCUCAGGUGAGCCCCCUUUCCCUGGGCCAGGGGCCUGCGGGCUCCCCGGCCUCCUCAGUUUACCGACUUAAUAUAUGGAGCUGCCCCAUAGCAGAAAUACUUCAGGAAGGCAGUGGGGUGUAGUGGUGAGAAUGUCAGACGAAGACCUGGGAGAUCAGGGUUCGAAUCCCCACUCAGGCAGGAAGCUCACUGGGUCAGUCACAGCCUCUUAGCCGACCUCACAGGGUCGUUGUAGGGAUCAGCUGAGGGGGAGGUGAACCAUGGAGUCCUCGGAGAAAAAGGUGGGAGACAAAUGCAAUGGAUAAACUCAGGCAUAGGCAAACUUGGCCCGCCAGAUGUUUUUGGGACUACAAUUCCCAUCAUCCCUGACCACUGGUCCUGUUAGCUAGGGAUGAUGGGAAUCGUAGUCCCAAAAACAUCUGGAGGGCCAAGUUUGCCUAUGCCUGAAUAAGCUCUUCUGCUGAAUUGCUUAAGAAAGUUGUAAGGGCCAGCCCGGUGGGCAGGUCAGCAUCACCAACCUGGGGCCUAGAGAUCUCCACGUGGUCACAAUUGGCACCCGCGCCCGUCGCAAAAUGUGUCUGGUGCCUGGCUAAUUUCUGCCACUGGGCAGUAGCACCCACCAGCCUGGGUCAGAUGCCUUGGCACCCUCUUCCUUUGCCCCCUGGCCAAAUGGCACACGAUGGUGUCAACGGCCUCUCCUUCCGAGGACGUUCUUAAGAAGAGCUUGGAUGGCCGCCCAUCCGGGGUGCGCUGGUUUGGACUCCCGCAUGGCAGAGGGUUGGACUAGAUGACCCCUGGGGUCCCUCCCAACCUUGCCAUUCUGUGAUUCUGUGAGCGGCCCCUUUCCAGAUUCCUGCUUCCGUGAGGGGACCCUUUGUUCUUUUCCCUUAAGGAGACGGCGCUUUGCGCGUUCAAACGCUGCCACUUUCAUUGGGGCAGAAAUACUUGCCGCAGCCCUGCGACAAGCAAAGGGGCGAAUCGAAGCCCACCCCCCUCGCCACCUUGCUCGCCCUCCGUGCCAGCCCACCCAAAUCGCCGCCUUAAAACAACAACCCCGCUUGCCACCCCGCCCUUGGGACCCUUGCUUGCCUGCUUCUCUUCUCGCCCCAUAACCCCCCUCGCCCCUCUGGUGCCCGGUGGGGGUCCCGCUUUCCGCUGCCCGAGGUGGGCCCCAGCACCCUCUCAUCCGCAGGACGCAGCUGCAGCUGUACCGGGUGCCAGGCAAGGGAUGGGCAGUGCGCACGAUGCAGGAGGUGCCCCGAGGAGCCUUCCUUUGCCAGUAAGUCCUGGGGAGAGGGGGGAGAGAAGAGAGGGGCUGAGUCCAGGCAAUUCCCCCUCCCCAAAAACCCCCUCAUGGCCCUUUCCUCCCCGCCAGGUACUUUGGGGAGCUGAUUUCCAGCGCCGAGGCUGCCCAGCGAGAGGACGCCGCCUAUUCCUUUGUGGUGGACAUGCAGGUGACAUCUCUGCCUCCACUUGGGGGGUGGGAGGGAUUUGUGCCCCCUUCAAGGGGGGGCACUGGAGCUCAGCGUUGCCCCCCUCUCCCCGCAGGCGGGCCCCGAGUGCUGCCUGGACGGGCGCUUCUACGGCAGCGUGGGCCGCUUCCUGAACCAUUCGUGCCAGCCCAACCUGCUGGCUCUGCCGGUGGUCGUGGGGCACGAGAUCCCGGGCAUCGCCUUCUUCAGCGCCCGGGCCAUCCAGGCGGGCGAAGAGCUGGCGUAGGUGGUGCCGCCGGAGAGAAAGGGGGCUGCCGUGGGGUGAAGGGGCCCCACCUCCGUGCCUGCCCCCUGGACUUGCAACCAGCCAGGAGGCGGGAGGGCUUCUCGGACUUCAGUCUCAGGUUUGCCCUUGCAAGACUCAGCCGGGAGGAGGCGCUGCUUGGAGCCAAGCCACUUGGCGCUGCCCGUCAUCGGCUCUGGCGCCACCUGCUGGUGGCCUCCCGGGGGCUUCAGCCGCUCCCGAAGGGGCGCCUGGCAACCGCAGGAGACGUGGCUCUCUGCCUGCUCCCCUCCUGCUGUCCCCCGCCCUUGAACAGAGCAGCACUUUGGCUGCAGCAGCUGGGUGGCGAGAGGCGGUCCCGGAGCGUCCUCUGAUCUCCUGCCGGGAUGGGGGCGGCGGGAGGGGCCCAGUUUGCCCCCGGCGAGGAGGGGAGCGGGCGCCCCGUCUUCACUCGGCGGCGUUUCUGCCCCUCGCAGGUUCGACUACGGCGAGCGCUUCUGGGAGGCGAAGGGCCGCCGCUGGGCUUGCCUGUGCAAGUCGCCCGGCUGCAGAUACCGGCCGUCGAGGGAAGGGCCAACGGCAGACGCCGCCGCGGGAGACCCCGGCCUGGGCACCUCCACGUCCUACCCGCUCCGCGGCUUUUCGCGCAAGUCCGCGCGGAGCAGCCCGCUGAAGACGGCCCCGCGCCGCUCCGCGCGGCCCCGACGGCGCCCCCUGCGCUAGCCGCGCGGACCCCAGCCCCUGUCUUGAUCCCUCCCAAUAAAGAGCCGAAGCC